UGAUUUCAGCAGAGGAUGGCGCAGGAGAUGACCAGUAAUGGGUUUUCAUUCGUUUUACCCAUCUUGCUUGCUCAUGCCUUUACAUGUAUAUACACCAAACCAGUUGCUGGCAGGACAGUUCCUGAUUUUGGAAAGAUGUAUCAUGUCAAAGGUGUGAUUUCAUUGCCUUCUUAUGAGAUAGAGGAACCUUUUGAAGCUUGGUACGACUUUGAGGGGAACAGAAGUCGAAUCGACUAUUACAAUGGUACAGUGCGCACAUUUCUGAUUGGAAAUGACUUGGAUUACGGUGCCAUUUACCAAAUCAGACCAGUCCUUCCUACCAAUGAUAUUAGGUGUUUCCAGCUUAAAGGUACCAAAGAGGAACCGAUACAGCCACAGUCAGCAAUGCCUGAUGUACAGGGAUUUGAGUUUGAGAAGAUGGAGGAUUGCAAAGGUGUUCAGUGUGAGGUCUGGAAAACCAUCACACAGGUUGGCCAUAAGAAGAACACAUACCGUCUGUGGGUCACACGUCCAGAGGGAAACGAUGCUCCAGCCACACCACAGCGCUUUGAGAUGGAGGGCUUCAACACUCUUCUAGAUUCCCACAAUGACAAAUACAGCAUUGAAUACAGUGACUUCAGCUCACAAACUGAGCCUGAUGUUUUCACUCCACCUGCAGGAAUGACCUGUGAAGAUUUUCCUGAUCCUCCUGAGGAGCACCAAAUAUUAGCCAAUCCCAUUCAAGACUAUGUUAGCACCAACCCUGUUAGCCACGCCCACCGGAUGUUUGGCCCCUUUAAGGAGAAGUUUAAGCGUCAGUAUAAAAGCGAGAAGGAGCACGAGGAGCGUGAAAUCAACUUUGUACAUACGCUUCGGUUUGUGCACUCUAGGAACAGAGUUGGUCUUUCAUUCUCCCUCGGUAUCAAUAACCGCUCCGACUGGUCAAGGGCAGAAAAAAGAAAGUACUGUUAAAAUGUCAUUGUUGGUUAUAUAAACUGACUGAAAAACUAUGCAAAUAAAUAUUACUCUUAAUUGAAAAAAGUGAGUGUUAAUGAUAAAGUUGCUAAAUGAUUAAGUUGCUAAAAAUCAAAACUAUAAUUGUACUAAUUUAUGAAAUGUGUCUUGUUGUUGUGUGUAUAUUAAAAAGAUAAAGGCAAUUGGGUUAAAUCACCAAAGAUUAACAAUGUCUAUUGCAAAUCAAGUUGUUUUGAGCUGCUGACUGGCUGUAUGAUACUGGAAAAUGUGCGAUACUGUUUUUGAGUUUUGCCAUAACCAUAUUUCUUAUAUAACAUUUCCCUAGAACAUCCUAUUUUUAUUAGCUAUGUUUUAAAAUCCUUUGUUUAAAUAUAUUAAAAUAAACAUGUAAUAGAUAUAUUUCAGAGCUAAUUAAUUCUAAUUCAGGCUAAAAAACGGAGUCAGGGUGCAAAUGUUUAGUCUUUAAAACACUAUGAAUGAGUGAAAACCUCAGCAGAUAUCCUAACUCUGAUUGACUAUUGUUGUUGUUUUUACUAUUAUUUUUUUUACUUGAUUUUGUCUCUGACUUACUCUUGUUUGUGUGUUCUAGUUUUCAUGGAGCACAUAUGUCAACUUGAUUGUUUUUAAU